CGUAUAGAGUCUACCUAUAUUCGGCAAUGGUAUCCAGUGCAAUGGCUUUAUUUGGGAAUUCCUUACUAUUUUUGUGUUGUUUGGUGGUUGUUAAAUCCCAAGGUUGGGAUAAUGCUAAUCAAGCUUGUCGGACUCCAACUGGAGAAACUGGUAACUGUAUACCCGUUAGGCAAUGUAGACCGAUGAUAGAUGCUCUACGAACCGUAAAAAGACCAUUGACUCCAAGCGUUACUAAACAAUUAAACGCAUAUUACUGUAGCUUUGCCUAUAACAUAGCCAAUGUUUGCUGUCCACAAGGACCUAUAAUAGUCCAAGAUGGUUCGACCCUAGAAGUGCAACAAGACCCACCAGAUGUAUCGAAUCAUAGAAACUUAAAUUUGCUACCGCCUGACUGCGGUUACCUAGACCUAAGUUUUAAGAUUAGAAAUGGCCAAAAUGCUGAUUUAAACGAAUUCCCUUGGAUGGCUUUACUAAGAUAUAGAACAAAGACAGGUGCAGAGUUUAAGUGCGGUGGAACUAUCAUUAAUAAUAGAUAUAUACUUACCGCUGCCCAUUGCCUAACACGUUUAGAGGCACCACUAUUGGAUGUAAGAGUGGGAGAAUAUAAUACCAGUAGUAGAAUAGACUGUAUUAAAGACCAAAACGGAAGAACAAAAUGUAUUAAAGAUCCUAUUCAAAAUUUGGCGAUAGAAGAAGUUAUUCCUCAUCCUGAAUUUAAUCCUAACGUAAUUGCAAACGAUAUUGGACUUUUAAGAGUGGCGAAGAUGAAUUUAAAUGCUGGUGAGUAA